GAAGUCGAGAGGACAAGGCGGAGUCGUGGAAUUCCUCCGAACUCAUGUGCCCCGCCCCCUUUCAUGAUUCUCCCUGACCUUCGACUUUUGGGCUCGCACAGUCUGGGGAAACGAGCAAUGGAGGACCGAUCGUUGCAGUGUUUGGGUGGCAACAAACCGCACCUGGAGAAACUAACUCUGGGGGUCGCCCGUAUCCUGGAAGCUUCCCCUGGAGUGACCGGGGUGUCAGUUGUGGAACGGGAACCUGCUGACAUUGGAAUGAUUACUGCUUGGGAACAAGAAAAUAAUUGUGUACUGCCAGAAGAUUUGAAGAAUUUUUACCUGAUGACAAAUGGCUUCCACAUAUUGUGGAAUGUGAAACUCGAUAAUUAUCCCAUUCCAUUGGGCAGCCUGAUGAUUAACAGCAUCAUGAAGUUGAACCAGCUCCACCAGACCUCUGUUUAUUUGCUUCCCAAUUCACCAAGUCUAGUAGACCUAGAGGAAGAUGAGGAUGAAGGGUUGGUAGCUAAUGGAGAUGACCCAGAGAAGCCACACUUUGACUCUAGAAAUAGGAUUUUUGAACUGGAUUCCUGCAGUGGAAAUGGGAAAGUCUGCCUUGUUUAUAAAAAAGAUAAACCAGAUGCUGAGAUCUGGUUUCUGGACAGAGCUUUAUACUGGCAUUUUCUCAGUGACUCCUUUACAACCUACUAUCGCCUCCUGAUCACUCAUCUGGGCCUCCCCCAGUGGCAGUAUGCCUUCACCAGCUAUGGCAUUAGCCCACAGGCCAGGCAAUGGUUCAACAUGUACAAACCCAUCACCUACAACACAGAUGUUUUUGCUGAAGACGAUGGCAUCUUCUUGAACAAGCUGGACCCGAGCAAGGUGUUCAAGAGCAAGAGCAAGACGUUAGUCUCUAAAAAGAGGUCGUCUCUACAGAACUCAGGCUCCCAGAGAGGUUCAUCAUCUUCUCCGGUCAUCAAGCCAUCUCCCCUCCCUGGAAACCCUAUUCGGAAAUAAGCAUUCCCCACCCCCACCCUACCCCCCAACUCCUUCACGCUUUAGAUUCCCCAAGAAUGAAUGAACGGCUCCAGGACCAAGAUGGUGGUGGUGGUGUGGCUUUCACUGGCUGUGUACAGAUAACCAAAGGGACUUUUUCAUCAGAAAUGGACUUCAGGCCAUGAAUUUGAGAUACUGGGCCUCUGAGUUUAUAAUAAAGCAAAUGGAAUAAUUACCUUGUUCCUACCACCUAAACUCAAUUUUGGUUCCUGUUGGCCAAGAGAAAACAUCUUUAGAAACCCAGCAUUCUCCCUCCACCCUCCAUGCCCCGUCUCUGUCUGUCUGUCUCUGUCUCUCACACACAUACACACACCCCCUUAAACCAGCAAGCAAUGAAGUACACCCCAAGUAAGUUAGAAUAUUCCCCUGAUUGUUAAGAUCCUGUUGUCAGCUACUGAUGAUGCCUUGAGUGUCAUAACAUUCCCCUUCCAGGAGAAACCUAUUGUAAGUACAUUUGUACUUUCCUUGUAGCAAUGACUUCAAAAACAUCUCAUUUUACUCUUUGCUGCCUUAGCAGUUUGCCUUCCAGUUGUUUUCUUGGCAUUCAGAUUUCUCUCCCUUUGCCAAUGUUACAUCCCCCCCCCAGGGGGUUUAAAGAGAGAAGGCAGCACUGUUGCACUUUCUUUUAUCAGUCACCUUAAAUCCACUUCAAACUAUGUUUUGUAUGACUCCACGUGAGAAAUGAUGAAAACAGUAAUUAAUUAUUGAUGAAUAUGUCACCGAUGAUAUACCAUAUGAGAACAUUGAAUUGCCAAAGCCACUGGUACCACAAUAUCUUUAGUAUUGUGUUCUUUCCCCAAAUUUUAUUGUCAACAAAACCAUUCAAAUGAACAAACAAUAAAAAAAAGUGUAAGUAAAACUACCAACUCCAUUAUUUACAGCUGACUAUAAAAUGCUUACAUGUUUUAGGGCAUAGGAGGAACUCCCUGGUGUCAAUUACAAUCUAAGGCACAAAGAAGUUGUGAUUUGUUUGUAGUUAAUAUCCAAUUAAGUGUUAGGACAGCCACUUGAACCUAUCUUCCUAACUCCAA